CAGUUUCAGGAAGGAAGCUUGAGCAAGCGAAACUGAUGAAGGCUACGUUUUGGAACUGGAAGCUCAGGCAAAAAGAAUUCGUUUGCACCACCAGCAAGGAGCUCAGCCAUGUGGACUCCCAGCCGGAGGCAGCUCUGCCUGGCAUUCCUGUUGGUCUGUGUGCUCUCUGCCGGCUCCUUCUUUUUCCACCUGAAUGGAAGACACUUCUUUCGAAAUGGUCUAACUUUCUCUGUCCUGUGUUCAGACUAUCGCCUGUUGAGGUCCCCAGUGGCAAUGGUAUGCCUACCUUAUCCACUGCAGACAUUCAAUGGCUCCUCUUCCUGUCCUGAGCAGUCAUUCUCGCUCUCUGGGACUUGGACAAUCACCCCGGGAGGCAGGUUUGGUAACCAGAUGGGACAGUAUGCCACAUUGCUGGCCCUAGCCCAGCUCAAUGGCCGCCAAGCCUUCAUCCAGCCUGAGAUGCAUGCCACACUGGCCCCUGUGUUCCGGAUCUCCCUGCCAGUGCUGGACCCUGAGGUGGACAGCCUCACCCCUUGGCAGCACUUAGUCCUACAUGACUGGAUGUCAGAGGAGUACUCCCACCUGGAGGACCCAUUUCUCAAGCUGUCUGGUUUCCCCUGCUCUUGGACCUUUUUCCACCAUCUCCGGGAACAGAUUCGCAGGGAAUUCACCCUCCAUGACCACCUACGGGAAGGUGCCCAGCACUUGUUGAGCGGGCUCCGUAUAGGCCCAGCGGGCAUCCGCCCUCACACAUUUGUGGGUGUCCAUGUGCGUCGUGGAGACUAUCUGGAGGUGAUGCCCAAUCGCUGGAAAGGUGUGGUGGGUGACCGAGCUUACCUCCAGCGAGCCAUGGAUUGGUUUCGGGUCCGGCACAAAGACCCCAUCUUUGUGGUCACCAGCAAUGGCAUGAAAUGGUGUUUGGAAAACAUCGACACGUCCCAUGGUGAUGUGGUCUUCGCUGGCAAUGGCCAGGAGGGUACACCGGGGAAGGACUUUGCCCUGCUCACACAGUGUAACCACACCAUUAUGACUAUUGGCACCUUUGGCUUCUGGGCUGCCUACUUAGCUGGUGGGGACACUGUCUAUCUUGCUAACUUCACCCUGCCAGAUUCAGAGUUUCUGAAGAUCUUCAGGCCAAAGGCUGCCUUCCUGCCCGAGUGGGUGGGCAUUAAUGCAGACUUGUCCCCACUGCAGGCUAAGUUUGACUCCCAGGACACAGACAGUCUUUUUAGAUUGGUCUGACUCAUCAAGAGUCAGCCAUCCAUGUCUUUAUGCUUUGGAGGAUGUCUGUGGUAGUCCCCGAGGUGGGGGGCACUUCUUUCCAGACUUGCAGGUGAGCUUUUCGGAAAUGCUGGAAUGCUUUACAGACAUUUCAACAGGAUAUCAUUUUCUGAUGGCAGGGGAAGCCCAAGUCAGCAUUGUAAACCACAGUCUCCUGAGUCUCCUGGCUCACCUUCUUAGAACCUCUGGGCAGCUGCUUCUAGAUUAAGAAGGCUGAAGAAAACCCAGACUUACCAGCUGGCCUCCUGGAUUUCUGGAGUCAUUCUAGGCUGUUUCUGAAAGCCUGGUCCAGUUCCUGUGCAGCACCCUGCAGGGCCUCCCAACACGCCAUAGACACUGAAGAAUUUAAUGAAUGUGGAUACAAAAUCUUAGUCCCACCUCACUGCUGGAAACACAGGGUGACACGAACCAUUCAGGAGCCAGCCUCUUGUUAGAAAGAUGAGAACAAUUCGAGCACAUAUGAAUUCUGUCCAACUCCUUGGCCCCAGAGAAACCUCAGAGACUUUUAUUUAGGGUGGGAAGAGUAAAUGGGCUGAAAUGUGGGCUCAAGGAUGAAGCCACUGUUGAGAUGCAGCCGUCUGCAGGAGUAGUGUUUCCUAAAAGAUCCAGGAACUUAAGGGGGGGGGGGCUCAAAAGUUAAAGAGUUACACAGAUUAGUCCUGGAUUUAGGAUCAAGGAGGUUUCUUCUUCUGAGGAUGCUAUAGGGGAUCUGGGGGGUCUGUUUUUUAGAGGUAAUCAGGCCCACAGAAAAGAAGGGUAUACCCCUGGGCUCACAAAGUCCCUAAAUCCGACUCAGGGUGAAGGAUCUGAAAGUGUUCCAGAACCUUGAACUCAGCCUAAGCCCCUACAGAAGCACAGGCUUGAAGCAAGGAUGGGACAUUUGCCUGAGAUCAGGUAUACCUGAUGGUUUUUCAAGGAUGGAGGAAGUUUACUCAGAUAGCGUUUAAUCUAAUUGUAUUCCCUCCAAGACCGACUUCUAUUCUUCUCAGGGAGUUUCCGGGUGCUUUUUUCCCAACUUGGCCUGUACAGGCUGGAGAGAGGGAGCUGUGAAUUAAAGGGCCA